CCCACAGCAUACCUCUCUGUCACUAGACAUAUAUAUCAUUCCCUCUCUAACUCAGAAACUGAUAUAUAUACUUGAAGGAAGAGAGAGAGAGUGUGUGCGUAGUGUGAAGAUCGACCAUGGAGGAUUUACGUAAGAUGAUGAAUGGGUUAAAACCAGUGGUUUUAAUGGUGAUGGUGCAGAUAGCAUUUGCAGCAGUGAAUGUGUUGUACAAGCUCGCCAUUAAUGAUGGAAUGAGCAUGAGGAUCGCUACUGCCUAUCGCCUACUCUUCGGUUCUGCUUCUACUCUUCCUCUCGCUCUUGUCUUUGAAAGGAACAAGAGACCGAAGCUCACUCGGAGAGUUCUUUUCAUGGCAUUUCUUUGCGGCUUAUUUGGGGGGAGUUUAUUUCAAAACCUUUACUUCGAGGCUCUAGCUUUGACAUCCGCAACAUUUGUUUCUGCUAUUUACAACCUUAUUCCAGCCAUCACUUUCAUAUUGGCUAUCUCUUGCGGCUUUGAAAGAUUAAACUUGGGAGCAGCAGGAGGGAAAGCGAAGGUGUUGGGAACCAUAAUAGGGAUUGGUGGGGCAAUGCUUCUUACUUUCUUCAAAGGCUUCGAAAUCCAAAUUUGGCCCUUCCAUAUUAACCUUUUGCACCCACAUCAUGACCAAAACGGCACCGUUUUGACAACACGACAUGGUCGCUCAGAAUUGCUUGGUGUUCUCUGUGCCCUUGCAAGCUGCUUCUCCUAUGCUUUCUGGCUAAUUAUUCAGGCUAAGAUGAGUGCAGAAUAUCCAUGCCAUCUCUCUAGCACAUCUCUGAUGUCUACAAUGGGAGCAAUGCAAGCCACUGUGUUUGCUCUCUGUAUGGAAAGAGAUUGGAACCAAUGGAAAUUGGAUUGGAAUGUCAGGCUUCUUGCAGUUUCAUUCUCGGGAAUUGUUGCAUCAGGAAUAGUGGUGAUUGUGAUCGCAUGGUGUGUGAGGAUGAAAGGUCCAAUGUUUGCUUCUGCAUUCACUCCUUUAAUGCUUGUAAUAGUGGCCCUUGCUGCUUCUUUAACAUUGAAUGAGAACCUCUAUUUAGGAAGUGUGAUUGGAGCUUUGCUGAUAGUUUGUGGUUUAUACGUUGUGCUGUGGGGCAAGAGCAAGGAAAUGAGGACGAUGACUCAGUUGGUGCCAUCAGAAAUGACCCAACAAGAACUUGAACCCGUUGAAGUUGUUGUCAGCAACUUAGCAGAUCCUAAUAAUCAGAAAAUUUCACCAAAACAAUAAUUAAUUAGUCCAUUGUCAUUGAUUCUGAUCUUCUUCACUUGAUGAUGAUUCACCGAAAACUGGUCAUGAGGAUGAAGAUUAGCACUUGUCUCUGGCAUUGUCGUCUUAAGAGACUUUCAACAUCGAAAGUGCUUAAGAUUUGGAGAUCCUUCUCCACUUGAUAGUAUGGAAUAUUUUAGAUCGAGAGAGAGCGAGAGAGAGAGAGAGAGAGAGCAAGUAGUGGUGGGUCUAAGCUUUACACUUGUACUUUGCCUCCAUGAAGGACGAGCCCAUCUUUUUUUCUCUGUAUAUAUCUCUUAACUUUUUUAGUAAUUAUAUUAUUUUCCCGUCAA